AUGGCCCAAACCAAGCAGCUAUCGGACAGAAACAAGAAUGCGGCCAAGGAACGGCGACGGUUCAAGUGCGCUACUUGCGACAAGUCCUUCAAGCGCAGUGAGCACUGUAACCGCCACGAGUUGAUGCACACCCAGGAGCGCCCGUUUGCCUGCCGGUACUGCACCAAGCGAUAUGGUCGGAAGGAUCUUGUCAAGCGGCACGAGCGAACAAUACACGCGGGGCUGUAUACAGAUGCGGGGCCCCAGAAUCAUCUACGCCACUCCCCAGAUUCUGCCUCAUCAGCGAGUUCUGGGAUCGAGGCUGAUAACUUCGACGGGCAACCCGAGCCCACAGUACCAGAGCGUGAGCUACCUGGCAGUACGCACAGUCGAUCGGCCGGGGAAGGGCGGAAACAACCCCAACGAGAGAGCCUCGAGGCUAAUCCAACUGCCGGCUAUACCGGUAGCCCCCCACUCAUGCAGGGGGCCAGCCUCUUUGAUGCUCACCACCUUGCGGGCCCGUCAUUCCUCCACCCCGGGGGACAGGACGCAUCUCUAGGAUCGGACUCUCUGUUCUUGCAACUCCUAACGGGAGGUACUCCAGGACCGAUAGCUGGCGCCCCUCCAACAGAGCGGCCGAUCGGCGAGCGGCGGGAUGGCCCUGGUGACGCAAGGUCAGCAAUUUGGAGCGACGGAGCAGGCGGCGCUAUGUUGGAUAACUUCGACCUCAACUCCAUCAAUCUGCAGAUGGACAUCGGGCAGUCGCCGGUGUAUGCGUGGUCCAAAAACCCAGACAACCUGACAUUACAUUUACCUGUUAUUCUGCGGGAACAGCCGACCCCGUCGCCGAAGAACAUCAUCGAUGAGGCCGGCUUUGAAUGCCUUCACUACGAUGCUUGCGUGCGCCUGGGGCUUUCCGGCUCGCCGAUAUUCCACGUCAAGGAGCUGCAGCAAUUCAUAAACAGCUACAUAAACAGCUUCCACCACCACCUGCCGUUUAUUCACUUGCCUUCGUUUUCUCCUAUCAACACAUUCAAUACCCCGUCUCCUCUUGCCUUGGCCAUGGCCAGCAUCGGGGCGCUGUACCGCCUGAAGCGUCGCCGGGCGCAUGAGCUUUAUACGCUGACCGAGAAAAUGAUAUCUUUCCCGUCAUAUCAAGCUUCGGAUGGGCCGAGUCGUGCUCCUCUUUGGUUGCUGCAGACUAAAAUCCUCCUCGCGUAUUUUGCAAUAUUCAGCAAUAAAGAGAGCUUGGCCUCUGGGAUGUUCGAUAGGAUGAGCUUCAUGAUGCUGGAAUACCAAUGGCGACGCAUCGAGCUGCAGCACCAAGCCAACGACCGCAAAGAGUUGACGUGGAAGGAAUGGGUGAACUACGAGACGACCAAGCGAGCACUGUGCGCCAUGUUCAUCUUCAGCAACCUAUUACUCACAACUUUCAACCUGACACCAGGCUUCGUGAUCGACCGAGAUCUCCUAAUUGAAAUGCCCGACCACGAGGAGCUCUGGGCAGCGAAGUCUGAAGCGGACUGGCACAGGCUGAAGCACACCCUCCCAGAUACGCCCCAGCACACCAUGCAAAGUAUACUGGAAUGCAUGAUCCAGCCCCCAGAAACUGAAGCAAUGGACCCGGAGCCCUACCGCAUGUCCGGAUUCACGGCACUCGUAGUCAUGCACGCUGUGAACAUCUACCUCUGGCACCUAAACCAGCUCGCUCAGUCAGUAAGUCGCUUUUCGCUAGGAAUCUGGCCCCACGAGAACCUGCGCGGCGCGCUCUUGCACGCUGCUACAUCAACACUUGAACGCUGCGAGGCAGCACUCCAUGCUGGACGGCCACAAGAGUAUGAAUCUGCCUGGGAUGAGCCGGAGCAUCUCCUUAUUUUUAACUGCGAGGCUUUACUGCGUGUCGCCUAUAGGCGGUUGUUGCCUCCUUCGCAUGCCUUUAACCGGCUUGCGCUUCUUACAGACGACCGUGAGGUUAUUACACGGGCUGUGAAGACGUACGCGCGCGAGCAUCUGGAACGGAACAUUUUCGUGACCAAAGCCGCUGUAAAGGCGUAUGAAGGGUUCCUCGCGCCAGUGACAGUGGGUGCACUGCUGGUAAGCAAGACGGCGGCUUUUACCUGGAGCGUGGAGCAGGCUGUUGCGGGUUGGGACAGUGCUCUCCUGCUCACAAAAUGGAUCAGCAGCAUUGAAGUCGACGGGGCAGAACAACCCCCUGGUAGCGAUGAGCUGCAAAUCGUGGACGAUGUAAAACAUCUUCUGGAGGACCUAGAUCUCGACUGUGUUGAGGGCAGCCGGCCAAUGUCGUUGGCAGCUGUACUCGCCCGGGCGUGGGCGUCUUUUCUCGACGAUGUCUGGGUGUGGGGAAUUACGCCCCGGAUGGGGGCGAUCCUGAGACUGCUUGCAGUGGAAUACCAAGAGCAGAUAGAGUCGGUAACUGCAUGA